AAAUUUAUAUUAUAAAUUAACAAUAUACGAUAAUCAAUGCACGUUUUACUGGUAAAACCUAAUGCAAACGUGUUGAGAACUGGCGCCGGACGAUCGCCGACGACGUUCAGUAGAAAUAUGUGCGUCAAACGAUCAACGAUGUGUCGAUUAUUGACUGCUUUGUUCGUGUGUUACAGCCUGUCGGCUCUAUCCGUUUACGGUUAUCACGGUUUUCCGCGAAAUCCAGUGCAUUUACCGAGUAGAAACACAAGACAAUCCAAUUGGUAUCCAAACGGUAACGGGGAAGAUUAUUUUUCCGGUCUUGAUCCCGGGACUGGUAACAAUAACAACGAAUACACGUCCGUCAGUCCGAACAACCCUAACGCUAACGGUAACCAAAAUUAUGAACAGCCCACCGGCGGCGAUGAAUAUUACAACAACGAUAGGCAAACAAGUACGGCGGCCAACCGCCCCACGCGCCCUAGACCCACCGACCGUCCCAACCAAGAAACGGCUUCCACCACGCCGAGUAACAACAAUAACUCGGGUGUGCUUAACUCGUGUAAUGCUGAAUGUAAGACGAGAACCGUGAUGGAAUACAAUCCAGUUUGCGGAAGUAAUGAAAUAACUUAUCAAAAUGUACGGUUCUUGAGAUGCGUCGCAGAUUGCAGCCGAUUACCAAUUUCGAUGAGCUACGUCGGCAAAUGCACGGCCGCAGUCAGUCAAUAAAUGAACGGCUAUGGUACAAACUCAAAAGGUUGUUGCUCGACGGCAUAAUAUUACUAUCACUGUAUUAUUUUUAUUUUCCACUAUCUGAUUACAUGAUUUUAAUGGUAACAUAGCAUGUUACCAUACCGUAAACAUGUAUAACAUGUACCGUAUGUUAGUUUUAAGAUUAUAUUUUGUAUUAUUAUAUUUGGAUAGUAAGCGUAAAAAAAUAAUAAAUAAAU